AUGGCCACGCCCCCUCCGCUCUGGCCCCGCCUCCUCACCUUUCCGACGCCCCGCCCCCCUCCCGCUCCGGUCUCGGUGGCGGCGAUGGCGGCACUGGGACCCCCCCCGGUCCCUCAGCUCUUCGUUACUAUGGAGGAGGGACCGGGGUCCGGGGGGACCGGGCCGGGGGAGGCGUGGCUCGAGGCCCGCGGGAGAGUCCUCGGCCAUUGGGUGGACGGAUCGUGGCUGAUGGCCCCGAGGGGGGAACCCCCCCUGGAGUGCAGGGAGAGAGCCACGGGGCGGCUGCUGGCGGGGGUCCCGCGGGGCGCUGAGGCCGAGGUGGGGGCGGCCGUGGGGGCGGCGGCGGCGGCAGCGGCGAAGUGGGGGCGGAUGAGGGGGGUGCAGCGGGGGCGGCGGCUGCAGCGGCUGGCGGUGGCUCUGGAGGGGGGGGCGGCGGCACUGGGGGCGAUGGUGGCUCUCGGGGGGGGACACCCCCUCGCCCACCCCCCCCCGGACCCCAACCUGGACCUGGGGCUGCGGCUGCUGCGGGCGGCGGCGGGGGGGGCACAGCUCGGCCCCCCCGGUCUGGAGGAAUGGCAACCGCUCGGAGUGGUGGCCGUCGUUCUGGGGGGGCCCUGUGCUCUGCCCCCCCUCCUCUGGAGCCUGGGGGCCAUCCUGGCCAUGGGGAACACAGCGCUGGUGCUGUCGGGGGUUGAGGCGGCGCUGCCGGCGCUGCUUUUGGGGUGUCUGAGCAGUGAGGGGGGGGCGCUGCCCCCCGGAGUGCUCAACGUGGUGAGCGGAGACCCCCCCGCACUGUGCCGAGCGCUGCGCUGCCGCCCCCCCAUCACCGCCAUCGCCUUCCUCGGCACCAGCGCGGAGGAAAUGCAGAAGAUGAUGUGGGGGUCCCCAGGUCGGGGUCCCCGUUUUUGGGGGGUCCGUGGGGGUCGCGUCAUCGUCAUCGUCCUCGACUCGGCCGACCUGGACAGCGCGGCCGCCGCCAUCGUGGGGAGCCUGCGGACCCCCCCCGCACUGCGGCCCGGGGGGGGCUGUGUGGUUCUGGCGCAGGAGUCAGUGAUGGCGCCCCUGGAGCGGCGGCUGCGCGCCCGGCUGGGGGGGCUGCGCCUCGGGGAUCCCCCCCUGCACCCCCAAACUGACCAGGGCAGCGCCCCCCAUCCCGAGGAGCUGCUGAGGGCGGCAAGAGAUGAGGGGGCCGAGGUGUUCCAGGCGCCGCUGCCCACGGGGGGGCACUGCUGUCCCCCCACUCUGAUCUCGGGGGUCGCCCCCACCUCGCGCUGCGUCCGCGAAACGUCCGAGGCGCCGCUGCUGCCGCUGCUCCCCGUCCGCUGCGCGUCGGACGCCGUCGCGGUGGCCUCAUCUGUGCCGAGCGUCGCCGCCGCUGCCGUUUGGGCGCAGGACAUCAGCGCCGCGCUGGACGCGGCCGAGAGGCUGCCCCAUGGCCUCGUGUGGCUCAACAGCCUCGAGCCGGGAGACCCGACGGGGGGCGCCGGCCUGGAGGUGCUGCGGGAGUUCGGGCGCCCCCCCUGGGACCCCCCUGAGCCCCCCCCAGAGCAGGAGCUCAGCUCGGAGCCCAUCCCGGGGGGGGUGACGGAGCCCCCCGAGACUGCUGAGAUCGCGGCCGCCGUGGAGGGAGCCCGGCGGGGGGGGCUGCGGUGGGGGCUCCUCCCGGGCGGCUCUCGGGCGCGGGUGCUCCGGGGGGCGGUGGCGGCGCUCGAGGCGGACGCGGAGGAGGCGACGGAGGGGCUGCGGGAGGCGCUGCUGCGCUGGGCGGCGCGGGCGGAGAUGGGGGGCGGAGCUAUGCAGGUGCAGCCCGGGGGGUGGUCCCUGCUGUCGCGCCGCCCCCUGGGCGUGGUGGGCGUGGCCUGGUCGGGGCCCCGCCCCCUUCCUCUGGCGCUCCACCUCCUCCCCCCCGCGCUCGCCCUCGGCAACGGCGUCGUGUUGGUGGCGCCGCCCCAGGGGCUCCCGGGGGCCCUGCGCCUGCGCCAGGCGCUGGAGGCCGCGGGGCUGCCGGGGGGGGCUCUGGCGGUGCUGCCGGGGGGGUCCAGGGGGGCCGAGGAGGCACUGGCGAAACAGCGCCCCGAUGGGCUGUGGCUGUGCGGGGGGGGCACGGUGCCACUGCUGCUCCUCUUGGCCGCCCCCCCCCCCACCGGCUGCUGCUCCUUCGACUUCAGCCCCAUCAGCAGCACCUUCAGCGCCCGCCUGCGCGCCCUGACCCCCUGGCUGCUCCUGGACUACCCCGUGGCCAUGCCGGGCAACCUGGAGGCGGACAGCCGCUGCUCAGACCUGUGGGGGCUGCACUUCGGGGCAGCGGCGUUGGGGCGCAUGGCGGGGGCCGCGGGGGGGGCAUUGGCCCCCCAAAUCCGAGCCCUGGCCGCACACCUCGCCUUCGUGGCCGAGUGCGGAAUCCAUGACCCACAGCGCUGCGUCCGCCUGGAGACGGUGAACGCAUCGCAGCUGCUGUCGGCCCUGGAGCAGCAUCUGGGGGGGCUACGGGGGCGGCCCCCCAACUUCCCCGGCUGCGCCCGCCUGCGCUGCCGCACCGGUCCCCCCCCGGCCCGGUUGGGGCCCCCCCAGACCCCCGUGACCCCCAUGUCCCCCCCGGGUCCCCCCCCGGCCCGGUUGGGGCCCCCCGAGCCCCCCCGGCACCACGGGCUGGUUUUGCUGGGGGGGGUCGUGGGGGGGGUGGGGCUGGCGGCCGCCGCCUGGGCCCUGCGGAGACGGCCCUGCGCCCAGGGGCCCCCGGAAUCGGAGCAGGACGGGACGUGA